UAUACUGUGUGCGUUUUCCCUCUUAUGCAAAAAUACAAUCAAGAAAAUAAUAUUUAUAUAUCUCUGAAUCUAAAUUCUCACACGAAUGCAAAUGCGCAUAUAAAUACAUCUUUCUUCGACACUUCACAUGCUUCUCCUCCUCUUCUCUCUCUCUCUCGCUCUGUAUGUGUAUGAAUAACAUUUGAUUGAUUGAUGAGUUUAACAAUGGCUGAGUCAAGUAGCCAUUCGAAUUCUUCAUGCACGAAGCGAAGCAGAGACGAAGAAAUAAUCAAUGGCGAAAAGAGGAACAAAACUGGUAAUGAUAGUAGCAAGCAUCCGGUUUACAGAGGAGUGAGAAUGAGGGCAUGGGGAAAAUGGGUUUCUGAAAUACGGGAGCCCCGAAAGAAAUCUCGGAUCUGGCUCGGAACCUUCGCCAACCCGGAAAUGGCGGCUCGAGCUCACGAUGUAGCAGCCCUGGCCAUCAAAGGCAAAAACGCCAUUUUAAAUUUCCCGGAAAUUUCACACUUGCUGCCUCGGCCCGACACCUGCUCCCCACGCGACGUCCAGGCCGCCGCAUCCAAGGCGGCUAACAUGGAACACCUGCCAGAGGCCGUACAAUCGAUGACGUCAUCUUCCUCCUCUACGUCACUCGUCUCGACCGUGACGUCAUCGCCGGUACAAUCCGAGGACCAAAGUGGGGAGGUACAAGCCAAAGAAGAGCUUAGCGAGAUAGUGGAGCUGCCGAGUUUGGAGACGACUUACGGCGACGACUCUGUGGUGGCACAUCCGGUGGCUGAUUUCGUCUUCUCGGAGGAUUUGGGGUGGGACUAUAAUCAACAGUGGUUACACGAAGAUUGUGGGUUUUUCGGAGAUUUUCAUACUAUUGAGAAUAUGAUUUCUGGUAAUUUUUAUUGUUGACAAAUAUUAUAGAAAAAUGGUAUGUUUUUAUUGCCUAUAAAAUACUUUUUCCUUUUUCAAUUUUA